AUGCCAUCGCGAAGUACUGUCUCCGUGGCCCAAUAUCUCUUUGCCCGAAUCAAAGAGCUUGGCGUUCAAUCAGUUCAUGGCGUACCAGGGGAUUACAACUUGGUGUCGCUUGAUUAUGUUUCUAAAGCUGGACUGCGCUGGGUUGGCAAUUGCAACGAGCUCAACGCUGGCUAUGCAGCGGAUGGGUAUGCUCGCGUCCAUGGGAUUUCUGCACUGAUGACAGUCGCCGGAGUCGGAGAGCUGUCAGCCUCGAACGCUAUUGCGGGGGCAUAUGCUGAGUACGUCCCGAUUGUGCACAUUGUAGGGCAGCCAAGCCUGAAAUCGCAGCAACAGAAAAAACUACUGCAUCAUUCGCUAGGCGAUGGGAACUUUAUGGCGCUUGCCAAGAUAUCGGAGAGGACAGUAGCCAAGAGCGUACAGAUACUCUGUGCAAAACAAGCCCCCGGGAUGAUUGACGAUAUCAUCACCCAGUGCUGGAAUACUAGCAGACCGGUUUCGAUCAUUCUUCCCACUGACAUGGUUCAUACUCCAAUUUCGGCGGCUAAUUUGGCUAGGCCACUACGCCUAUCGGGCUCUGAAAACGAUAGAACGCAUGAGGCCCACGCAGUUGAUGAUAUUCUCGCGGCUCUUCGGGCGGCACAGCAACCAGUGCUUUUGGUUGGGGGCUAUAAUAUGCGAUUUACAAGACGAAGAGAGGUGAUAUCGCUCAGCGAAAGGCUGGGACUUCCAAUCUUUUUAUCCCCAUCUGGGCGAGGUAUCAUUGACGAGCAACAUCCCAACUUCAACGGGCUCUACUUGGGAGAUUGUUCUAAGCCACAUGUCAUAGAGAUGGUCCGGUCGGCUGAUUUGAUCAUAUCAAUUGGUAAUAUCCAUUCCGACUUGAACGUCGCUUCUGUUUCAUGGGACUUUGAUCCAUUGAGGAUGGUCGAGGUUCAGAAUGAAACAGUCCACAUACGAGGCAAAACUUAUAGGCGGUUGAACAGUGACGGCCUUUUACAGGCUCUCCUCUCUCGCUCUUCAGAGCUUGUUCCGACAGGAAGUUGUGAAGCAGUGGCUUUGCCAUCGACAAUUAGCAUCCUGGAAUCAAGCAAUGUUCGCGUGCCGGCUGGUCCCUCCGCACUUAUAAGUGCAGAGCCGGUAUAUGGAGGCGGUUUUAUGAAGGGAGUGCUGCGACGGAUGUCACAUACGCUGAGUAAUAGCGAGGACUCUGACCAUCUGAGUCAUGACUGGCUAUGGCCCACAUUGAGCGCCUGGCUACUCCCCGAGGACACAAUCAUAGCCGAGACAGGCACCUCAAACUUUGGGAUAUGGUCUACCAAAUUUCCUCGCGGCGUCACUUUUAUCAGCCAGUAUGUUUGGGCGAGCAUCGGCUACUCUCUAGGCGCUUGCCAGGGAGCUGCUGCAGCUGUCCAAGACUCGAUGCAUCCUGAUCGACGGACUAUAUUGUUCAUCGGUGACGGGAGCUUCCAAUUCACUUGUCAGGAGCUAAGUACAAUUAUCAAGAACAGUCUCACGCCCAUCAUUUUCGUGAUCUGCAACAAGGGAUACACCGUCGAGCGGCUCAUACAUGGCAUGCAUGAAUCCUAUAAUGAUAUUCAGGAAUGGCAGUACCGAAAACUGCUAGAGGUGUUCGGUGCAGAGCGCAAAUCCUACCAGACGCAUCAGAUUCGGACCAAAACUGAAUUUUCUGCUCUUCUGAAAGAUCCGUCUUUCAAUAGUGAUCGGGUUCUGCGAUUUAUCGAAUUGCACAUGGAUCAGAACGAUGCGCCAUCUGAUCUCAAGACACUCACUGAGCAGCUCAUAGUUCGAGACUCACAGAAGUCGAAGAUUGACGAAGAUGAAGCUACUUAG